UAUUUUUACCCAAAACAUGACAGUGAAACUAUCGGAUAUGGGGUACAGAUACCUGUUAUUGUGGAUUUGACUGAUAGAUUAAUUAUUUAAAAUGAAUUAAAUGAGCUAUAUUGGUUUAUUUCUGGGUCAACCAUGAUGACUUCAAAUUCAAUUCAAAUGUCACAUUUUAUGUGUGCCUCUAAUUUGAAAGUUCGGUAGAAUAAUAUGGAAACAAAAUAAGUCAAUAAGGGAAGACAGAACUAUUAUUAAAAUGAUACAUUGAAGUGAUUUUAUUUUUAGGCAACAUUGGAGAUUAUUCCAGAGAACCAGAUCAGCAAGUGUGACAUGUAAAAUGACAAUUUAUCCACAAAGGCUUUGUGGAUCAUUAAGUGGCAGUGUUUAUAAUUCACCAACAGGGAAGGCCAUUUAGCCCCUUAUACACAAUACAGCGGUGACUGUUAAUUAUUGCCAGUGAAGUUUGAAUGUAUAUUCUCAUCCAGCCAGAUGAUAAUAUAUUUUUAUAUAUUAUUGUGCUCUAGAUCUGCAGAAGAACAUACAUUUUGUUUUAUUUCAUUUUUAUUUUGUUAAUUCAAAUAAUUUUGUUCAGUUCCUUUUUUCUAAGCUAAACCAUCACUAUUGCAGUGUACGUCAGUGUAUACAUUAGAAGGUUAACUCAUCACUCUUCAUGGCAAAUCAUUCAAUACUGAUUCUGAUCAUCUUCAUCUCAGUAGUUAGUUCAGUUUGUUGCUGGUUCAGACCGUUAAAUUCAGAUCAGGACAUAAUUAGACAUACACAUUAACUGCUUAUAUUGAAAUAGCAUAGUAGCUACUGAUUCAAUGUCAAAAACAGUAUUCAGCCUGUGUAAAAUUUUGGACUUCUCAUUCACACGGAUGGUAAACAGGACAGGGCCCAAAAUGGAUCCCUGCAGCACACCCUUGGUAAAAGGUCUCAAGACAAUGAUGGAGAUGAAUGCUACGCCUCCCUAUUACAUCAAUACAACGGAUGGCGUUGAAUAUGUUGACAAUUUUGCUAAACUCAGACAGUCUCUCAAGAUCAUAUCUCUCAUAAUUUACAGCCUGGCCUUUGUUCUUGGUGUACUCGGGAAUGGAGUGGUUAUCUGGGUGACCGGGUUCAAGAUGAAGAAAACAGUUAACACAGUUUGGUUCCUCAACCUUGCUGUGGCUGACCUCCUCUUCACAGCAUUUCUGCCACUGAGUGUGACGUACACAGCUCUGGAUUUUCACUGGCCUUUCGGCAACUUUAUGUGCAAACUGAACAGCACAUUAGUCUAUUUGAACAUGUUUGCCAGUGUCUACAUUCUGGUGGUGAUCAGUGUAGACAGAUGUGUGUCUGUGGUGUGGCCCAUCUGGGCCCAGAACCACCGAAAUGUACGCAAGGCAUCCUGGGUGAGUCUUGGUGUUUGGGUACUGGCUCUGAUUCUCUGCACUCCAUAUUUUGUCUUUAGAGACACUGCUCAAUCGUAUGACAUCAUUCUCUGCUUCAACAAUUUUGCUCUUUCUGAUGACUAUGAAACACCGUCAGUCAUUCUGCUGCGACAGUUUCGUAAUCAGGCCAUGACCAUCACCCGCUUCCUCCUGGGAUUUGUUGUACCCUUUACUGUCAUCGUUUCCUGUUAUGCUGUAAUAAUCUAUCGUCUCAAAAGAAACCGCACCCUGGCCAGCCAGUCAAGUCGCCCCUUCAAGAUCAUCGCUGCUGUUAUCACAACUUUCUUCCUGUGCUGGGCUCCUUUCCACAUCAUAGCUUUAAUUGAGUUUGCAAGUCACACGGCUACUGAACCAAGUCUAACAUUACGCUAUGUCAUCACUAUUGGAGUCCCCAUAGCAACCAGCCUGGCUUUUAUCAACAGUUGUCUGAACCCAUUGCUGUAUGUGUUCAUGGGACAAGAUUUCAAGGAUAAAAUCCGCAAAUCCAUCCUUACUGUACUGGAGACUGUCUUCCAGGAAGACUCCUCCUCACAGUCACACUGAUACAAUCAUUGGGCACCAGUUAGAAAAAAGUCAGUUCAUACUACUGAGGUAUAAGAUCAUCCAUGACAUGAAUUGAAACUGCAUAUAGCAAAUAAUCUUGACACAAAUGCUAAUGUAUAUAUCAAAUUACUUUUUUUGCUUUGGUUGUAUGUAUUGGUUUGGCUGAAGUGAUCGUAAAAUGCCAUUUCCUGAACAAAGAACACAGCAGCAUCAGUUUUUUCAAACUAGGUUUCACAUUUGUUUAUGAAAUAAAGCACAUUAACAAUAGAAGUCCUGUUUUUUUAAGCCAUAAUUGUCACAAACAUGAAUAAUUGUUUUAAAAUAGGAUGCUGAUAGGAAGAAACAUCAUGUAGAUAACCUAAACUUGCACAAUUUUAUGCAGCUGUCUAUAUCAACAAUCUAAAAAUACCAUUCUGCUGGUUUGAUAAACAUUUAUAGUUUUGAUUUGCUGUAAGUAAAGGCUAAUACAGUCUAAUGAGUAAACUUAGAAGCUACUAUGAGCUUACAGAUUUAUUUUGUAAUGUAGCAGCUGUGGUUUACCAGACUCAGUUGUCCUUCAUUCCUUAACCAUCCGACAGCAGAGAACCACAGAAGAAUUGAAUGACACGUUUAUUGUCUAUAUAAGACUGUGAUGCAUGUAACAUAUUGUAAUUAAACUGUCUAUAAAAUCUUUA